AUGGGAAACCGUUCCAGGGUCUCCUCAAGGACAUGUCUCUUCUAUCUGUCUGCGAUUCUUCUACUCUUCGGAAAGGUCGUAGCGGCGCAAGAUGGAGGCAGUGCGGUCUGCCUAAUGGUUUUCCAAAUGGCGGAUAACAAUCUAGAGUCAUUCCUAGAAGAAGAUGCUGAAGAGCUGAUCGAAUCCAGGGGUAUUCGAGAGGACUCUGUGACAACAUGGGUCUACUUUGAUGGCCGAAAUGACGAUGGAGUUACCUAUUCGGUAUAUGACCACGACAACGACGAAAUGGUUGUCGACACGAACUUGGGAGAGGUCAACAGCGAUCACCCCCAAGCCCUGUACGACUUUGUGGUGCACGCUUUGACAGAUUGUCUUUCCAGGGGACACGAAACCGUGGACACCUUCUUGAUCCUUUCCUCGCACGGGGCUGGAUUUGCGGGAUAUGGAGGCGACGAAAACUGGAGAACAAGACGCCGAUUGAUUCAGAGCAACAAGAACAUUGUCUAUGCCAUAGAGUCGGCACUCUCUGAAGUGGACGGAGCACCAGGCCAACUCGAUGUGAUUGGGUUUGAUGCAUGCCUCAUGUCGGCGGUCUUGGCACUGAACGAGUAUCAAAAGGUAUCAAAAUACGUCUUGGCCAGUGAGGCGACGGAACCUGGACAUGGGUGGGCUUACAGAGAGCUAGAAAACGUAGACAGUGCACUUGACAUGGCCAAGGAUUUUCAUGAUACCUUCUUGCAAGAGAAACAAGGUUCAUUCAAGCAUCAAGCACCAAAGACCAUGGCAUUGGUUGGCACCAAUCAGUUCCAGACGUUUUACACUGCCUUGGAGGAUCUCUUUGCCACAAUGAAGAACAUUCUAGCAGAUCAGGAAACCUACGAUGAAGAUUUCCACACCAACUUGCACAGGGCAAGGGUUUCUUCCGUGUCCUUUGACUCCUAUCUGGACAAUUCUGGUGGGGAGCAUCCUUCAGCCGUGGAUGUUGGCAGUUUCUUGCAAGGGUUUCGAUCCUUGUGCAGUCCCUCGGAGGAUUCCUCUCUUGGGCAACUAUUGGACACGGCAAUCGACAAGUAUAACGCCAUGUUUGUGGCGAGGGGUGUGGGUCCUGGAACGCCACAAGGAACUGGUAUGCAUAUCAUGUGGCCCCUACCAAGCGUGUACAAGCAAAAGAAGCGUAUUUUUGAUGGCUAUCUCUUCGAGAACGGCGAUGUCGUUGAUCUGCCACCCGAGUGGUUGGAUUUCAUGACAACAUACCUGAAUAAAAAGGCUCCAUCCUCUUCAGCCUCAAGUGCGUCAGGAAAUGGAGUAUGUGGUAGCUCUACAUCGGCAGGGACAGAAACUAGUACAACUACUGUGACAACUACAGACACAGUAGACACAGUAGACAACUUUGGUGCCGCCACGGACGAGACCGGACCAGAGCCGUCUCUCCUGAUCAACCCAUCCGUCCAGGAUACUGGGAAGGAAGUCAUUAUUCAAUCAGAAAUCACCUCCAACACCGACAUUGUCAACGUCGAGGUUGGGAUUGAUUCGUCAGCCCUCUAUAAUCGCCGUCAACUGAAAACUAUCAGUGCCGGACAGAAGAGGAAACCACCCAGACAAUCCGCCUUGUUGGAUCAACUACGACCGCAUCGUCACAAGAAUAAACGCCGUUUCUUGCAAAGCAGUGGUGACGACUACUUUUAUCUUUACUUGGCAACGGUCGCUGGCACGUACAACCAGAGUCAAUUCUCGGCGGUAUGGGAUCGACAGUUUGUCUUUUUGGGCGACAAAGCCAAUCAGGAUCACAUGCCCGUCUACGUGUACGACGAGGGCAGCAACGGGGCCAAGUCGGUGCCCGUCAUGUACUUCCCCCCUCAGGUGCAGCUGACGCGUGACGAUAUUCCCAUCGGUACCACAUUGGAAGAGGCAGUGGAAUUGGGAGGAACGUUUGGAUCGCUCAAGUUUGGUUACAACUCGAGCACGGGAGAGCUCACGACAGCCUUUUCUCUCAUGACGAACAAUCUGCAAGGCUCGAAUGACGGCAACAGUACCAUUUCGGAAACACUUCCCAGCGCAGGUGGUCAAGUUGUACCCAUCCUGUUCCUGCAGGGUAGGGUGGAUGGAUAUGACUAUGACAUGUUUCUGGGUGGUUUCGAUCGCACCAUUCUGCGUUGGAGUGAUGACAAUCCUCUGGAGAUCACGUUGGUUUCUGCCAAGAGGUAUCUAGACGUCAUUCCUCGAGUCAAUACGCUCCUGGUGCACCUGACGGCCACUGACUUUGACGCCACCGAUGAUACGGGUGAUGAUGAUGAGAGUCAAGAGGACAUUACCUUUCGAAUUAACGUGGGCUCAUCCACAGCUGCUGCCAUGGUCUCGUCCUUCAAGGCUCUUGCAUGGGUGACACUAGGAGCUGGCUCUAUCGUGCUCUUGCUUGUUGAGCUUGUCUAA